AUGUCACCCUCACUCUUUAUACAGGUCCAUAAACACAAAACCCAGUCUUACCAAGACUUUUAUUUCUAUAAGCGUAAGUAUUACAAAAUCCCGAAGAAGGAGGAGGUGGUGGAACAGCAGCAGGCCGAGCCUGACAACCCCCUCAUGAGGAAGAAGAAGACUCCUGAGGAACUCGCGGCUGAAGCGGAGCUUGAAGACCAGGAUGAGUUCACUAAACUCAAAAACACCAUCGAAACACAAGUGAACGAACUAAAGUCGCAGAUCGAGAGCAAGUGCGUGAUGCAGUGAGCGCCUCUCGACCAUUGUACAACUAUCUGAAUACAUGAUGUAGCUGAGCUAAGGUCAUUGUUACGACGAUGUUUCACACCCUGUAUACACCCCACCACCCACACGAGCCCCGGAUAGCGAAUAAACAAAAACUAACAAUUUCGUUCGGACGUAUCAAUCAUUCGCGCUCAAAAUUUUUGUAGGAGAGAUUCGAAUUCUAAAUUUUUUCGGAACGUAGUUGGCUAGUGGCGCGUUGGUGCUUGAUAAUAAGCAAUAAUAUUUUUAUACAUUCAUAAAAAAUUUUUGGAAGGCAGCCCUCGAUACAACUGUGAAGCGCGUUUCUGAACGUAUGGUCAAAAAGUCAUUAACUACCGAGCGUCAGAUGAACGCAGUCGUGCACUCGUCAAACAGUUUAUAUGUUGAAGCUUGUGAUAUAUUGUUAUUUAAGUGUAAAGUUGAAAUAAUAUAAAUACAACUAGAAAGAAACGGUGUAAUCUAUUUAAAAUGGAAGACAAGUUAUUAUAAGAAACUCUAGCACGCGUGUAGACUCGACAAUCGAUUACUCGACUAUUCAUCGCCUUCUCUUCUCUAUUUCGCACUUACAUUGAAAUAACAAUGUAUUCGAUCUGUCGGUGUAUUUGUUUCAUCCAAAUUCCACGCUUGUCUGACGGUCUGUCCGUUUCCCGUGGUCUCACUACGACUCGCUUGAGCUCUUCGACUUUUGCCUCUAAAUCUUUUGCAUGCGUGCUUAUGCAGUGUUAAUCUAUGUGUCAAUGUAAUUUCUGUUAGGUGUACAUACCUGUAAUCGACCUAGCCUUAAUAUCCACAUCGAAUAUAAUAGGUAAUUGUUAUGGAGGCGCGCCGCGCCCGCUGUUGUCCAAUACUUUCUUGCAUGUUUAAUAUAAGACUCAAUGUUCAUUUAGUGUUUAAUGUGUAAAAUGUUGUAGAUAAACAAGUGGAUCGCGUUGUGUUACCGUCGCGCCGACGAGCGUUGUUCUAAUCUAAUGUUUUAUCGAUGUUUUACGCUUAGGUAUUAAAGUUAAAUAACACAUUGUGGUGUGAGCAAAUUAUUCGAGCGAUUGCACCAAUCGGAGCGGACUACAAAUGUAAACUUUGUUGUCGGCAGAGAGUUGUAAUGAAUAUCUAUUAUUGUCAGUGGUCUCAAAGUAAGAGCUAGACGGCGCACGCUGACAGCGGGUCGAUGGGGCAGACUUGAGGGAAGCGCGUAGUGAAGGCAGAUCGUGCUAAUUGUUCGAACAAUGUUGUCCACAUAGUUAUAAAGCUGCAAAUGCAAAAGAUUUGUUAUCGUCAAAAGCUGUGAUAUAUGAAUAUAAUAAACUAAAGCGCGCAAUGCGACGACGCUCGCGCUCUUAGCUUCUUCAAUCUUUCAAUCUUUCAAUGUUCGACACGAAACUAUCAUUGUACCUUCUUGUAGAUCGGACCUCUUCGGAUUACAAUCUCUUCAAUCAGCACAUCAUGUAUUUUAUAUAUCUCUGUUAUAUGUUCACACGCGAUGCUCUCUGGUGACAGUAGCUUAGUAAGUUCUCAGUAGACUUGUCUUUAGAUCUCAUGUGAUAGCUGAAGUGGUACAUAUUAUACAUGUUGCAAGUUAACUGACGUCGAUGUUCACCCGUGCACUGUGUCCGUUUACGAUAAUUACGACUUACACAAACAUAGCUGUAUCCAUAGGUUAAUUUGUUAAUUAGUUCAAACAUUAAGUACAACAGAAUAAGGACACUGACACCAAUCUACAUAGUUUAGUUUAUAUCGAUGGCACAUCACUAACUAGUCGAGUUGUCAGACAGUUGGUCGAUGCAUCGAUUCGCAACCAGUCGCAUCGCGUGUUAAAUACUAAGAUUAUUUUAGAUACUUCACUUACACACUUGAUGCUUGCUUAUUUUCUUACGUUAUAUGACGUCCUGUCAAUUACACCUACCUUCUCUUCACACAUAUACUAUUCAAUAUACAAACAUGUAAAUAAAAAAGCAAUAAUUUCAGAUUGUUUAUUGAGAAUGCUACUAUUUUUCUGAAGUAUAAGAAUCGACUAUUUUUCGCACUGUACUGCACUCGAUAUAUUAUCAUAGCUUGUCUCAUAGUUCCCUUGUUUGGAGCACGCAUUACGCAUCGCUAACGUAAGGUGGGCAUCACUCCUACGGCCCCGUCCGGCCACGUCACUAGAGUAAGCGAAAUAUAUACUUAACGUUUCACGAUGUAUGUGUGGUUAGACUAGGUAAUAAUAUAUAACAUAGUUGUACCGUAUGUGCAUGGCAAAUCUAGCUAAAUGGUUGUAUGUAGACAUUCAAUACAAUAAUAGUCGGUAAGUCUUGGACCUGUCUGAUGACCAAGUUUCGACAGAAUCUAUCUUUCCUUCAUCCUCUUGUGUGUUAGCUAAUACUAAUCUAUAACCUUUGUCUAUAUCUUCGAUCUAUCGUAGUGUAGUCUGCGUUCUACGUUGUUGACUCUCAAGUAGCUGAUAGUUUAGAUAAAAUGUUAUUUUGGUAUAGAGCGGUCUGUACUGAGGAGUGUGGACUUACUGUCACUAAUUUAAAAUUAACGGAACGUGCGGUCGCUGCGCGGGCGCCGGGCCGCCGGAGUCGCGCGGCGCGGCGCAUGCGCGGCUCGCUUUGGUUGCUGCAUGACGUGUGCGCAGUGUGCUCAGCUCUUGGCGUGUUGGUGUCGUUCUCUACUAAUUAGUCGCGUGCGCGUGUCGAGCUGUGUGUAAACAUAACGUUAGUCGCUUCUAUUCUCGUGUAUUUAAGCUUUCGAUGUUCAGUGUAAUAGUUGAUAGUGAUAACGUUGCUUCACUGCGCCACUUCUUAAGGAAUUUGGGUGAUAUCAAAUGGUUGUUGAAUUAUUUUAUGUACCUAAUACGAACGUGUUUCUGCUGUCAAUGUUUGUGUUACAAGAUCGUGGUGAUGUAACUGUGUAUACAUCGAUCUCUUCGCCCUGUCUGUCACCGUGUACUCUAUAUCUUCACACAACACUAUAUUAUUGUAUUUCUUUUUUAUAAUAUUAUAGUGAAUUUAUAAAGAGGUUUAUACAAGGUAGACGUGUAGUUUAGACAUAAAGAAAAUUAUUGUAAAAUCAAAAUUUUUGAAAAGAAUAUAAAGUAAAUGAUUUCCGUAUAAUGAUCCCGUAGUGUUAAUUUUAAGGAAUCCAAGAUGUCGCGACCAAUUUUUAUAUGUUUUGCCACGAGGAAGUAAUUGAUGUAACAGUUGGAUAUUUUCAAAUCUUAUGACUCUCAUACUCAGGGUAAUAUACUUAUAGUUAUCUGUUCAUAGUAUGAUUUAGAUCGUUUAGCUAUGAAAUGUAUGACUUUUUGGCCUACGAAGGCUUUCCUUACCUUUCUUCUUACCUCUUCCUCUAUAUGUGACCCUUGACCCAAACGGUAGAACGUCUUGAUAUUUCACUGUUGUUCUUAAAUCCUUAGAGGAGUUAUGAAAUGGUAGACUAAAUAACAUUUUAUGACAUAACUUGUUAAACUUAUUAAAUAAACUAGCCUAUUGAUAGUUGCACUAGGUAUAAUGUAAGGGGUGUCACGUGAUGGUGCAUUUGUCGGCACGGCCGCUCGCAGUGACACGUGAUAAUACUAAAGCGGGACAAAUGCAUCAUUAUCUGCGGAGUUACAAAGAGACUGCGCGAGCGCCGGUAGUGCUAUCAUCUGACCAGAGAGAGAGCAGACGCUAUGAACGAGAGAGUUAGUAAGCAAGGCUACACUAUGCAAUACUGUCGUACACUCAAAUGAUAACCCUACCGAUACUCAUACAUUCAUAAACUGUUCGUUGCUGGCAGAGACAAACGAAAGGCGGUCGGUGAUUGCAAUACCGUAUAGACAGUUAGAGACAACGACACUGUACCACACACUCAAGAGCUUUUACACUGAAUGCCAAUAUUUGUUUGAUGUUGUUAUUGUUUCAAGUCUCGGGCGGCGCAGGAGUUGCAAAGAACUGAUUAUAAAGUGCCACACACAUACAGUAACUGCGCUGACAUGGUUCCACAGAGUCUGCGCUGUCGGUGGAACGGUUCGAUGUGAUUCUGAAUCGUUUACAAAUAUAUUCUGUUGUUGGAGGAGCGCGCACAGUAUGGCCGCCGCGCUCCGAGUGUUGUUGUACGGCAGGCGGCCGCACUGUCCGCGGCUCCAUUCUUGUUUGUAUAUUAUAGUUAUUGGCCAACACACUAGUUCGUUAGCUUUUAAUAUUAGUGACAUUAUAGUGUUAAAAUUGCAAGUUUACAGAAUGUAUAAAAUUCCAAUGAAACCAUUAAGUACUCAUAUAUGAACGGGGUUCAUAUGUAUGUUGUCUUGUUAUAUUAAAGAAGAAACGGUUAGUAGUUUAUCCACAAUUAAAUUUAAACUUAGGGAUUAUGGAUGAAUAACGAAAAAGGUUAUUGUUGAAAAAUGUUUUUAGGUAAUUAAAUAAACGGAUUGAGCUUCUGUGACACCUUGUUGUUAACAAUAAGUUAGGUUUGGUUGCAGUGACCGCCCGGCCGCGGCCGAUUCACGCGCCGACGCCGCGACCAUAUGUCGGCCAUUGACCUCUGUACCCUGGCCAAAUGUUGAAUCGGCCGUGCAGGGUGUGGCUAUCUUCUGGCUGUAUACAAACUGCCGUAAUAAACUCUAUUCUUAUAUAAAUAAGGUUAGUUUUCCUUUCACGACUGUAUCACUGUAGGACAUAGACGCUUUUUCGCUACACUUCGUUCGCCAUUACUGUUGCGGAGCAUUGUUAAUAUUUAUUUACAAGGUCCCUAUUAGUUAUUGUAUAAAAGUUUAGAGGUAGCCAUUUUCAUAUAUGUACGUUGAGUUAAAUGUGAAAAUGGUUUACCUAACAUGUUGUUAAAUAAUAAAUAAACUACAUUGUACCAC